AUGAAGUUCAAUCUCGCCAUUGCAGGAGCUGUGCUCCCCUCAGUCGCCUUGGGUUUCCCCCAGAUGAUGGGUGGUUCCAGAGAGGACAUGAUGAGAAUGCUUGAGAAGAGAGCCGCUGAGGAGCAAUUGGCCAAGAGAGAACCUCAAAUCCUUUCUGGCGUGACAGAUCUUCUCAGUACCGUCGUCAACGACGUUAGAGGUCUCCUAGAAGGAUCCGUCGCUGAGGGUAUCUUGAACCCCUCAGACAAGCGUCCCGAACCUGGCUACACUUUCCAGGCACCCGGCCCUAACGACAGCCGUGGUCCUUGCCCUGGUCUCAACCUUCUCGCCAACUAUGGUUACUUGCCUCGCAACGGCUAUGUUAACUAUGGCCAAGUUCUGGAAGCCACCGCACGUGGUUUCAACAUGGGCACCGACCUUGCUACAGUGUUGGCUGUCUUCGCCAUCUUGGCUGAUGGUGACCUUGUCACUGAGUCCUGGUACCUCGGUGCUGGCCCUAACAAUGUUGGUGGUUUGAACCGUCAUUCCACCGUCGAGGCCGACAUUUCUCCCCACCGUGAGGACUACUACACUGGCUGUGGUAACAACCACGCCGUCUCAUCCCGCCUUGUCAAGCAGGGUGUUGAGCUUGUUGCAGCUAGCAGCAACAAGCAGUACGACAUGUCAGUCAUGGCCCAGCAGUACGCCAAGAACGCCGACUUCAGCAAGCAGUACAGCCCCUACCUCUAUGCCUUCCCCUUCCCUCAGAUUGUCUCUCUCGGUGCCUUCGCUUUCUAUCCCAACUUCUUCAGCAACGGUACCUACGGUUCCGGUGGUGUCCCCAACUACGAAUCCGUCUCUAGCAUCGUUGGCUGGAAGCUCAACGAGAACACUGGCGAUUUCGAGUACGUUCCCGAGAAGUGGCCCGAGAACUGGUACCGCCGUAGCACCCCUUACGGUGCUGUUGAGGCUCUCACCGACGCCUACACUCAGAUCUACCCCUCCAACAUUGUCGUUCCCGGAGCCUCUACCCUCCUGACUCCCAACUUCAACGCCACCACCCUCCUUUGUGACAUCUACCAGGGUAUCCAGUCUAUCACCCCUCUGAUUCUCAGUGGAACUGAGAAGGAUGUUGCCACUGCUGUCAGCUGGGCUCUCGGCAAGCUCACUCCUAUCCUCGGUGGUGGCGCUCUCGGCUGCCCUUCGAGCGACCUCUCACCCGAGGAGGGCGAUAUUCUCUUCCCCAGCGCCAGCGCAACUGGUGGUCCCAUCAACUCUCCUUCCGCUCAGGCUACCAACGCUGGCAACAACGUUUACAACAAGGUCUACUUCAAGACCGCACCUACUUCCCCCGCCUGCAGCGCUGGCGCCCCUUAA